AUGGGAAAUUCUAAUGUUGCAGGACAGAGUGAAAAAAUGUUAACAGCAGCUCAGUUGAUGAGAGAAAGAGAAGGAAAAGUUUCAGUAACUAAGUUAAAAUCAUUCAUGCAGGCAAUUGGUAUGCAUGAAACUGGAAGAUUAAAUGAAAGUUUAUGGAAAAAUAUAUUGCAAGAAAAGAAAGGUUGGCUGAGAGAUAAUAAUAGGCUGGUGCAAGCAGAGUUAUGGUGGAAGUUGUCUGCAGAUGUGACUGAUGGAAAGUUGAAAGAAAUUGAGAAGAAUGGUCAAUAUUGGUAUAGUAAGAUGGAGGAUUUGGAUGUGAUAAGGAACAAAGAACAGGACAGUUUGCCAUGCGGCAUCCCUUCCCCCACCACAUCUGUUGUAAGUAAUCCUGGGUUUUGUGGUCCAACAAACAAUCCAUGUGUCAGUCCCUCCUCUACACCAUGUGCUGGAAUGUGCUCAUCAGGACCACCCACUGUGCUUUCUGCUUCCUCUAUCCCUUCUCCAUCCCCCAAAACUGUUUCCUUUGAACAACAACCCCCUCCUUAUGGGGGGUGGGAGUGUGUGUGCAAACACAAGAAUGCUGAGAGGAAUAACAUGUGUGCUGUUUGUGGAUCUCAAAGACAGGACACAAUUCCUAUCAUAGGUCCCAGCACUGGAUUAUAUCCAGUGAUGUCUUCCAAUAACCCUUCCCAACUGUAUGUCCCAACAGUUAAAAAUGUACCUGCAGUAAUUGCCCCUAUGAUGCCUACUAGAAAUAUUCCAGACCAGUCUACCCAAUCUAGGAUUGCACCCACUUUAAGUCCAUUUUCAGACUUGAGUGGAUUUCUAUCACAGGAAAGUAUGGGAUAUCCAACAUCAAUGUUGGAUAUGCAAAAUCUCAUGCACCCAGUUUCCCCUAUUAUACCAUCUCCGCCAAAUCCACCCCGACCAAAUAUAUCCUAUCGUACGCCCAGGUACCUAACCCCUGGAGCUGCUCCUCUCAGAGGUCCAAAUGACAUCCCUGAUGAACCUGUGUAUCGCCCUUGGUCCCCUAGUGAGAUGCUGGCCAUGAUGAGUAGAAUCCCCAAUCCAGAGGACUUACCCAUGCCAUUCUGUAGGGAGUUAGCGAAGAUAAGGAAAGCGUUCUCAUGUUGCUGGAGAGAUCUAGAAGAUUUAGUCCAGUGUAAAGCUGGUGACUCCUUCUCUCAGAUUAUAGCCUCUGCAGUGGGAUCUUAUGAGGGAGAUGAUACUACUUUGUUGUCCGAUAAGGCCGUGGAGAACUUUCAUACGUUAAAAUUAGUCAUCAGUUCGACACCAGCAUUGGGUCUACCGGACUACAAUAAAGAUUUCAGACUUUAUUGCACUGAAUGUCUUGGCCAUGCUUCAGCUGUUCUCACACAAGCUAGGGCUGGCCAACAGCGUCCAGUGGCGUAUUACUCUGCCAGACUCGAUCCAGUGGCUAGAGGAGCGCCAUCUUGUGUCCGUGCGGUAGUGGCUGUACAACUCAUGCUUGACAAGAGCUCUGAGAUUGUGCUCAAUUAUCCAAUCACUGUUUUUGUCCCUCAUGACAUCUCGGCCAUUCUCACACAAGUACAGCCUAAACACCUGUCCACUGCCAGACACCUUAGACUAGAAUGUGCACUACUUAUGCCACCAAAUGUCACCAUCAAAAGGUGCACAACUUUGAAUCCAGCUACUCUGCUGCCUCUGGAGGGGGGAGGGAGUAGUGGUAUGAGUCAUCUAGCUGAAUAUCUUCCUGACCUGGAAGAUAAACACGACUGUCUCCAAUUAAUGUCCCAAGAGACAGCAGGGUUUGAUCACGUGGUAGAUACUCCCUUAGGAAACCCAGAUUUAGAGCUCUUUGUGGAUGGAUCGCGGUAUGGUGUCCAGGGGAAGUUUUAUACUGGGUAUGCAGUUGUCACUCAGCACGAUACGAUCAAAGCGGAAUCACUGCCCUCUCACAAGUCUGCACAGGAAGCUGAACUUAAGGCUUUGGAAGAGGCCUGCAGGUAUGCGGAGGGAAAAACUGCAAACAUCUAUACAGAUUCCAGGUAUGCUUUUGGGAUCACCCAUGAUUAUGGUCGUGAAAUUAUGGGAGCCCUGGGUAUUGAACAAGCCUUCCAUACUGCGUAUCACCCACAAAGCAGCGGUAGAGUAGAGCGACUCAACGGCACAAUUAAAUCAAAAAUACAGAAGGCCAUGGCUGAACUGAAAAAGCCAUGGACAGAGUGUCUACCCUUGGCACUUUUCUCCAUCCGGUAUACACCUAACCGGAAGACAGGCCUGAGUCCAUAUGAAGUACUCUUUGGGAAUGCCCCUAGACUAGGACUCUAUUUUCCACAGCAACUCCAGAUGCAGCAUAAUAGUCUUUCAAAGUACGUUAUCUGUCUUACAAACAGACUGUCUAAUGUGUAUUCCCAAGUUUUUGCUUCUCUUCCAGAUCCAGACAGCAUAGAGGCAACUCAUUCUCUACAACCUGGAGAUUGGGUAGUGGUGAAACGACACGUGCGGAAAGUUCUAGAACCACGAUUUGAGGGUCCACAUCAAGUACUGUUAACCACCGCCACUGCUGUCAAGUUGGAAGGAAAGCCUAAUUGGGUCCACGCAUCACACUGCAAAAAAGUACCAGAACCUCAAGUGCUGGAAUGACUGCAAGGGCCAGAUUCGUGAAUUAUA